AUGGACUGUUGCAAAUGUGUUAAUACUUUUAUAGCAUGCCAACUGAAAGGUCAGAACCUUAAAAAUGUUGAUAUUGUUCUAGUGUUGAAUCUUCGAAUUGGCUCCUUUUUGUGGUUAAAAAGUUUCAUGAUGGAUAAUUUUGCAUUUCUUUUUCAUAACAAUAUAACAAUAAUUGGCUCUCAUACGGUAUCAAAGUCACUCAAGAUUAGGGAUGCAGUUCAGUUUGUUCUUGCCAUUUCCUGUGGACAAGUUUGCAAAAAAUAUUGGUGCAACUGUAACCAAGUUUUGGAAGCCAAUGUGACUCAUGUGAUUGCUUCUACGGAUGAGAGUGGUGUAUGGAUAAAGGCAUGCAUGAAAACUACGCGUCCUGUGAAUGAAGAACCUUAUGGAGUUGGUCUUGACAGCCAUGGGUGUUCUGAUGGCCCUAAAACUGGCAGAUUCAGGGCAUUGGAUAACGCAACAAAGCUCUUUGAUGGCUUUAGCUUUUAUUUUGUGGGUGACUUUGUGUCUGGUUACAUGGAAGAUCUUCAAAUUUUGAUUGUUGCUGCAGGGGGUACUGUUAUGAGAGGAAAGGAGGAAGAAAUAGUGCAACAGAGUAAUUGUGAGCAGGCAGUUCAAACGAGGAUGUUUGUUGUGUAUAGUCUGGAUGCAACCAGAGGAUCUAAGUUAGGAGAAGAAGGGUCAAUUAUUUGGCAGAGAGUCAGUGAAGCACAGGCUUUAGCCACGAAAAUAGGGGGUCAAUUCAUUGGCCACACAUGGCUUUUGGAAUCAAUCGCAGCAUAUAAAUUGCAGCCUAUUGUCAGCUAA